AUAAUUUGCCUGCGCAUGUGUCAAAUUUUCACUGUAUUUAACAGACCCCAGAGACCUCCUGAUUUGUUAAUUGUGCAGAAUAAAGAUACUGUAGCUUCUGGCCGGCCAUGGAUUAAUAUCAAGAAUAUGUCAGACUAUCUCACAAUAGCAGACCUAAAAGAACUAUACAUAGCUACGUUUGAUGCUCGAAUCAAAUGGCGAAACUUCUUGCUAGUUCUUGAGAUAUCCCCAGAUACUAUCGACAGCAUCGGCAAAGAAUGGUGCAACGAUCCUGAUGAAUGCUAUCGUGAGGGUUUGAAAGAAUGGCUGAAAGGUGGGGAGAGAAGCUGGGAAGAUGUUGUUAAAGCUUUGUCCUGUCCUAUUGUGGGCUACAGUUACAUAGCCAGGACCAUCGAAAGAGAUCGUCUACAGUCUGCUGUUGCAAGCAAUCCUACUGAAGUGAAGUUAGAGGUUGACCAAAAUUGCCAGAGGAUCAAUACUGAUUUAACAGUUUUCCUAGACAAGCCUCUCGGUAAAGGUGCAUUUGGAGCAGUCUUCAAAGGCAGCUACAGGAGCGAGAUUUGUGCGGUCAAAGUGCUGCUUCACGAUGCUAUGGAAAUGCAGGCAAGUAUUCCUGUCGGAAAAAAUGAAGAAGCUAACAAUGCAAUUGAUCAUGAGAGUGAUUUUCUCAAGGCUUUCCAGCACUCAAACGUUGUUCAGUUUUUAGCGACUGCUAAGCAUCCCAAAUCAAGUGGAACAAUCCUCGUUAUUGAGCUAAUGGAUUGCAGUCUGAGAUCCUAUUUCUCCGGCCUUGAUGAAGAGUCCCUCACUAGCGAAUGUCAAAUUAGCCUCUCAAAAGACAUGGCUUGUGGUCUGGCCUACAUUCACAGCAAGCAGAUUAUCCACCGUGACCUCUGUGGUGAUAAUGUCUUGCUGAAGCUUACACUACCAAUGCCUGUCGCAAAGAUUUCCGACUUUGGUAUGUCACGGCUAUACGAUCCCUCCAAGCUUAGCUCCACCCUCACAGCUAUUGGUCACCGUAAGGGGUAUUUACCUCCCGAGGCCAUUCGAUUGGAAGAGGAGAAAUACGAUAGUAGCCUGGAUGUGUUUUCCUACGGGGUGAUCGUGGCGCAGAUUGUUUGCAAGCUGGAGACGAUCAAAUCAGCCAAGGAUCGAUUAUUCCAUGUUUCCCGGAUCCCUGGUACAAAUAAGUUGAGGAAGCUUAUUGACGAUUGUUUGCAAGAAGACAUGACGAAGAGACCAUCUGCCAGGGACAUAUAUACUUCACUGACAAGAGGCUUGGAUACAGUGGAAGCAACAAAGAGGAAGUCAAAUGACACUCAACCAGUUAAGAAGUCUCAAGCAUCUUGGAAAGUAGAUAGUCCUCCUGACAAUCCUACACUGAAAUUUUUCCUGGAUUAUGAUGUGGUUCACUCAGUUUUAACUGUGCAUUUAUUGUCAGCCUGCAAUCUUCCUGCAAUGGAUCGUUGUGGUACUAGUGAUCCCUAUGUGGAAAUUAUCCUGUAUCCAAAUCAAGACAAAGCUAAAUCAAAUAUAGUUGAGAAAUGUUUGAAUCCGAUUUUUGACGAGAAAUUUGUAUUCAAAAAUGUGUAUCCAUGUGAUACAGGCGACAUGAUACUGCAAUUGUAUGUCUACGAUCAUGACACAAAGAUUGGCGGAGUGACCAUUUCUCUUGAAGAUGCGGACUUCACAGGAAGUACGAUGUAUUUUGAUAAUGAAGUCCAUAAAAAAGAAAAGAAGGCAGACAGCAGCGGAACCAUUCUUCUGUCCCUCGCUUAUGAUGAUUACGUCAACAGUUUGAAGGGUACGGUGAUGAAAUUGACGAACUUACCAAAAAAAGACAUAAUGGGCACAUCAGAUCCAUAUGUAAAAGUCAAGCUUCUCUACAAGAAGAAGAUAUUAAGGAAGUGGAAAUCAAGUCAAAAGACGAAUGACCUCAACCCUGAUUUCCACGAACCCUUCCAGUUUGACCUACAAGAUCUGUCUAUUAAUGACUGUAAAUUGUGCUUUACAGUUUAUGACUACGAUCACAUGAAGCUAGAUGAUUUAAUUGGCAGAGUAUACAUUGGGCCAGAUGUAGCCCAGAAGGAUGCGAGAAAGCACUGGGAAAAAAUGCUAGUCUCUCCGCAAGAAGUUUGUCGCUAUCAUUUCCUGUGGCGGCCCUGACUGUUAAGACUGUUAAUUGGAGUGGAUAUUAGUGAUUAUCUUGUGUAGAUUUAUGGUUAUAGUUUAUCACUAGACCCACAUUUAAUUAUGAGAUUGGACCUAUAUACCUAGCUCCAAUGUAUAACUUUGUCAUUGCUCAUAAUUUCUUAUACCAUUACAUGUAUUCCUUAUCUUAACCUCCUGUAUACAACCCUUUCAGUGUCAGUUCAAUUCAACAAAAUAUUUAAAAAUUGCUAUAAAUGGUGAAC